AUGUUUUUUCGCUCUCUUAUUGGGCGUUCCUGGCAUGCUUCACAGACGACUGCAGACCGACUCGUAGUGUCUCAGCAUCAUCGUAGGCUGAUUGACAGUCGUUACUGGGGCUGCACAACUCCGUCUAAAGCUGUUUCCGUGUUAGGCGUACUCGUUCGAUCGGGUACGAUCAUAGACAAGCUGGACAAGGCCGCCUCCGAGGCCUUGAACGCAAUGGGGCCUAGCAUGACAAGGAACGAGCAGGCUCUUUUGGGCAAGUGGUCAUCGUUGAUGCGCUUGAAAGCCCCCGCAGAUUCUUCCGCAGGUCCCUCCCACGCUGCUGCGUCGGAGAUGGCGGAUAAAGACGUUCACAAAAGCGUCGUGGUGUUGUAUUCUCUUUUUAUAAGAGAUUCACAGAUGGGAAUACCGGUGGAAGAGAAAUCCAUAGUUUUUUCAACGGAUUCAGUGCUUCAGUUAGACCCCAUUGGGUCGCUAAUGCUUUUAGAAAUGAUGCUUUCAACUUCCUUUCAACGGGGUGCUGCGUGGCGAAAUGAAAACACUGCAGAGACACUCCUUGCUCGUCUUCGAACUCAUGUGAUCUACAGCAAGUUGAUUGGAUUUAAAGCCAUUUGGUGGAUGCUUGACAUUCUCGGCGAUAAGGAGUCCUUGCUGUGUGGAAGGCCGGCUGAAAGCGGUCGUCUCUUUAGGGCUUGUCUCAGACGUCUGCAUGAUAUGCUACCCGAGUUGACAGCUGGUGAGUGUCUCUUGAUAUUCCCAUUGUUACGAAACACGCUCUAUGACAAACCGUUUAUUAUCUGUGCAGAUAUUAUGAAACGCCUUGUGGCGUGUGACGUAGAGGAGUUGACUGUGGUACCAACCUCCGUCAUACUCCAUACAUUGGAGUGCGGCGAGCUGGUUCCCCGACUGCGUCGUAGACUAUAUCAACUCCUUUUUGAGGACUACCGUGUGGGGGACCUCGGAAAGGGAGAGUGCCUGUUUCUUCUCUCGAUCAUGGCCACCUCACCACCUUUCGUUGAUGAGGCUGAGCAGCCCAAGUAUGAGAAUGACAAUGAUUUUCUUCUUUAUGAAUCCCUGUUUGCGCAGCUCUAUCUCAGUGCCAAAGCCAUGAAUAGCACCGAGUGUGUCACAGCCCUUGAGCACUUGGAAGUUUUGGCCCUCUCACAAGUUUCAGUGCCUGCCCCCUCUGACUUGUUGGAAAGACUUAAAAAAAGUUUAUUUUGUGGAACAAAGCAAGCGUUGAAGCGACCCAAUUUGGCGGCGCCAGAGCUAAACUGUGAGCUUGAGGCAAUACGUCGCCUUGAAGGGGUUCUCAGAAGAUGUGUUCUUCUUCCUUUUCUUUCCGACGAUGCGGUGUUGAUUGAUAAACUUGCCACAAAAAUUACUGGUCGUCUAGAGAGGCCUUUGGAUGGAAUUUUAUUCUGA